AGUCUCAGACCCGAUAUUCGCCCAAUAUUGAGGAUGGCUUCUUGAUGAUGAUGAUGAACUCUGCAUUUAUAGGCCGCAACAAGCAAGCUCUGAUGGUGCUAAGUUAAGACGUGGCGGGCGCCGGCCCUGGCUUCUUGAAGGCGGUGAGCCAUCACAGUGGGCGGUCAUGUUCAUGUGACGGUGAGAAUGCAGCAUCGGUGUCAACCAACACUUUGAAUCUGCCGCUUUCUCGGACACUGCAUCCUCUGUGCAACCAACUUGGGCUCGCUCACGUUCACCCCGAUGUUCCCAAAUACCCUCCUUGAUAGCGUUUUGCUGGUAUUGCCAAAGAACGAUCGUUCGCAGCUGCAGGGCCGCUCUCUCGAACAGAUGCGCGAAUGGACACUCAUGGAGGCCCGAGCCAGUCAGCGUCGCCUGGCGAAUCUUCACAGCGUACACAACGCGACCCUCCCGGUGCAUAGGCUGCCCACCGAGACCCUGAUCGAGAUUUUUCGUCUCGCCCAUGCCUUCUCGUCGUCUCAAAAGACCAAGGCACACGUGUGGGUGAUCAUGACUACGGCUGUAUGCCGGUACUGGAGAGACAUCGUCGUGACUUCGCCUGUCUUUUGGAGGAACAUCGAUUUAUCGAAGGCGGCGCUAGAGUUCGUGGACCUCUGCUUGGAACGCUCGGCGGGCGCAGGUAUCAAACUCUUCCUGACGAUACCUCAGGACAACAAUCUCUCUCUGCUUGCGCCCCCUCUGGUGCAGCAUCACUCCCGACUUGCACACCUUGACAUCCAAUGGAAAACAAACAACCCAAACAACGCUUUCGCACGAGUGUGCGACACCUGUCUGCCCGCUCUAACUUCGUUGACCGCAAAGGCAAAGCACAUACUCCCCCUGAAGUUCACACAGGGAUACCUGCCGAGUCUGCGACACGUCGAUGUUUCUGGCGUUGUGCUGCACUGGGCUACUCUGCCCUUAGCACAGUUGACGUCGUUGGCGCUCGCCGACAUCAGGUGUCCCAACGAUCGCGGAGAGCCCAAUGCAGUGUCACUUGCAGAUAUUCUGGACAUUCUGGAGGCAUUUCGGUCACUGGAGGAGUUCGCGUUUCAACAGUGGGAACAUAUAGAGGGGCAAGAAGAGAGGUGGACAGUCAACUUAAACCGCACUGUGCCGUUGCCCCGCAUGCGCCGCUUCCACGUCAUGGGCCCAACACAGGUCAUUGCCGAGCUCAUGCCCCAUGUCUCGCUUCCGGAUAGCGUCCAGCUCUUUCUGAAUAGACAUUCCCGCCGUACGAGCCACGGAGCAAUCCGGCAGGACGUGCCUCAGCAAGACGAUAUGACGAAUCUACCCGUUGUCAAGAACGUCCGGCAUAUCAUCAUACGAGAGACUGAGUUUCGGGAGCUCGACAUAUAUGCUGUAACAGAGCUUCCGGCCAGGGACUUUUGGGACUCGCAGCUGCGAUGGCUUUCUGAGCAUGCGGGCCUUCCUUCUCUUGGUGUACACGAACUCCCUCUGGUACCAUCACUCUACCUGAGGUAUGGCGUACGGGAAAGCUCCCUUCGGGGGCUAAUAGCCGUGAUCGGCACCGGGUUCUUCCCUACAGCUAUUCAGACCCUUGCUCUCUACGGGAACGUCGAGGGUGUGACCACAGACAGUUGGGCUGAGAUGCUCGCCGCCUGUCCGAAGCUCGAGCACCUCGAGAUCGUCACGGGCCUCCAUCACGACACUUGUGCCUUCCCCCAUGCCCUCUCUCCGACUUCUUCAGGGACGCCCUGCCCGCAGCUUCGCGAACUCGUUCUGGGAUUCGAUCCUCGAGCUAGCGCUGAUGCCCAUGGUCGAAUGAUGCUCGAUGCGCUCCGUAGAGUGCUACGAGAGCGCGCCCGGGCUGAAGGCGGACGUCGUCUCCUCCUCCUCCGUCUAGUAUUCGGGCCCUCUCCUCCGCAGAAUCCAGAUGGUGUCUCACACACUGACAUUGUGGCUAGAGUAGCAUUUGCGCGUUCGCCGAUUGCACAGUACCGGAUCCCCGACGAUAUGCAGGAGGUGACGGCAGAUUUGGAGUCUUUGGUGGACUCGAUGACGGUCACGGUUCUGCAAAAUCGGCCCUUCGGUUAUCAAUACGGUUGAUCGACAGAGACUUGAAUCUGCAGUG